AAGGGGAGACUCGUAGGUACCCAUAGAACCCAUUCUCGUUCACAUAUCUAGAGGUCAGAAGUCAAGGGACCCCUUUGAAAAUGGCCAUGCCAGUUUUUCCCUCACCAAAAUUUAGCACAAAUUUGGAGUGUUCUUUAACCUCCUUUUCGACAAGCUGAGCCCGCUACAACCUCCGAGAGAUCGAUUGUAUUAAUGCGUUCAAAAAUUAGUGCCGUUAAGACGAAUUUGCAUUAUCGCAAUAUUGUUAACUUUGACAGCCCCAGUUUUUACUUUAGUGUGUGAAUCUUGUCUUGAUUUGAGUUUUCUUGUCAUCCAAUCAGGGGGAAAGAAAGUCAAGUUAGGGUGAUGUAGGUGCCAUUAUGGCUCGGUUCUGUAUAUUUCCCAUGUCACUUGACUCCAUCCUGUCCUUCCCUUGGAGCUCAUAAAUCAGCACUGUAUAGGCUCACUGCUUGAGCUACAAACAUGCAUGAAUAUACCUUUUACGUUGCCCCGUGGAUUUGCUCUUGACAUCAUGUUGAGGCAGCAGAAAUUAUGCAUGCACUGGUUUAUUUAUAGAACAAGUGAGUUGAACGGAGAGGUCGAUUGAAGAUCCAUCACUAUAGGAUGCAUUCAUAGUUUUCGGUCUCGGCAGAUGGCUUCCCACCCAGAGCCCGGUUCUGCUCCUGGUUUCUUCCCACUAAACGGGGAGAUUUUCCUGGCCACAGCGCGCUUGGUGGAUCUUGUUGGGUCUCUAAACUAUGGUGUACGGUCUAAGACCUGCUCUAUAUAUAAAGCGUCUCGAGAUAACUUCUGUUGUGAUUUGACGCUAUUAAAAAUAAAUUGAAUUGAAUUGAAUUUUAUUGAUGCACGCAUUUGAUUUUUCCCUGCAAACUAAAAACCAGGCUAUGAGGUCUACUGAUGCAAAUAUAAAUUGUCACUUAGUAUGUAGAAUAGAUGUGUGCGGCUGUGAUUCCAGAGAGCAGCAGGGGGAGCUGAACUCCACCAGGUUGCUGUCUCAUUGGAUAGCAAAGAUGUGGGCGGAUUUGCGCUGACGUUGCCCAUACUCGGGAUUAACUUGUUUUUAUGUCGCCAUAUCUAUCACAUUUUGCACCGGAUAGCCUGCCCAACUGCAGAUUGUUGAUAAAGAGUUUCAAGUUAGCGUCUUCAAACCUUAAAUUAGUCGGUGUGUUGUGCGUAAAGCUGUUGAUAGGCCACCGUAAAGGCGCGCAGCACAAUGUGAGGUGCCAGGAUGAGUUAAUAGUGCUGAUGUCCUGUCACACUGAUGGGAGCCGACGGCAGUAAAAACAGGAAGAGGCCCACUGAAGGGCAGGAGGAUGAGGACUUCUCAUCUGGAUGGCGUGGCUUCCUCUCCAGCAUGGGUCUGUCUAUCCCAGCAUCCCUCUGUCGCCUGGCCCCACCUGCCCUGCGUCUGGGCCAGCAUCGAAUGCUCCAAGGCAAGGCCCCUGACAUCCCAGAGCACGUCCUGAGGUUGGCGGGAGUCGGCCCAGGCAAGCUGAGAGCCGACUGGAGUUUGCCGGGGUUCAUCACAAUGUUCCUGCCCGAAUUCCCCCACAGAACUGUGCCUGGGCACGAACACUUUCAGGUGUUGAGUUACAUCGCCAAAGGUUCGUUUGGACCCAUUCUGAAAGUGAAGGACAAGACCAAACAGAAAACAUAUGCUGUCAAAGUCAUACCUAAAUCAGAGAUUCUAAGACUCGGGGUGUUGGAGCAGUCAAAAGAAGAAGUCAUAGUCCAGCGUCAGGUUCGCCACCCAUUUGUCCAUGACCUCCAGGACUGCUGGCAGACCCAGCGCCACCUCUACAUUAUGUGUGACUACUGCAGUACAGGAGACCUGUAUACCUACUGGCAAAUGAUUGGUCAGUUCACAGAGGACACAGUGCGAGUGUUUGCAGCAGAGUUGGGAUGUGCGCUCGGCUUUCUGCACGACUUUGGGAUCAUCCACAGAGAUGUGAAGAUGGAGAAUAUCCUGCUUACAGACAAUGGACACCUCCGCCUAGCUGACUUUGGUUUGUCCCGUCGCCUGGAGAGAGGAGGAAGGGCUUUUACCAUCUGUGGAACCAUCCAAUAUAUGGCCCCAGAGGUGCUCAGCGGCGGACCCUACAACCAUGCAGCUGAUUGGUGGUCGCUGGGAAUUCUGCUUUUCUCAUUGGUUACUGGGAAGUUCCCCAUGCCUCCAGAACCAGACCACUGCAGUAUGCUGUGGAAAGUGAGGAGUUUUCCCUAUGAAAUACCCCUCUGCCUCAGCUCCCCACUGGCCUUGCUGAUAACGGAGCUUUUGUGCAAGACUCCCUCCCGCCGCCUGAGGACCCUCGAUCGUUUCAAACGCCAAACCUUCUUCCGUGGAACAACUUUCGACCUCGCCCUACUGCAGCGCCAGCCUGUGGAGGUGAUUCUGGAGCUGAGAGAGAGGCCAGACCGAGCUGCCAAAGCUCGACGAGGCCUCACUUUGUCUCUGCAGCCUCUUAAAGGCUUCGACUACGACUCGUUCCUCAGCCCUCCCGCCACGCCGGACACACAGUGGGAUGCCGACACACAAACCCACACAGCUGUGCCGCUCCCCGGCCCAGUACUCCUACUAAAGCCUGCUCAGGAAAAAGGCUCACGCAGAGAAGUGUUUGUGUGACGUGCUUUACAGUUUACAGUAUGGUUACUAACACACUAAAAGUAAAGGCCUACGUGUAUGUAUUUCUGCACAUUUAUUCACCCUCACUCACAGGUAUGGUGCACCUUGUAAAAUGUCUUAUUUAGUAAAAGCCAUAAUAGCUGAUCAUGAUUUAAUUUGACCUUAGAAAUGAAUGAUUACCAUUUGAGAACAAAACUUCCCCACUUGUAUUGGCAAGUUUUAUGUUGGAUUUUAUUGAGAUGUACUGAACACUUUCUUUUUUUACUUGUUUGCCUUUCUCCAAUGAGCACCUUUUCAAGCCAACCGGGUUUGCCCAACAGUUGUGCAAGAAAGGUGGCACUAUUGUUGUCCAUCUACUUUCAGUUUUCAAUUGGUCAUGCCCUGUUAAUACAUUGCUAUCACCCCACAUAGAAAAGUCAUGUUGGUUGAAGACAAC